GAAAGAUUUGUACGGUGAGAUACCGGUUGGGCCCCUCCCUUCCGAUGUGUCGGAAGCCGGUGUUGCUCGAAGGGCCCCUCCCUUCCGAUGUGUCGGAAGCCGGUGUUGCUCGAAGCAGAUGGAUUACGUUCAUAACUUGCAGGUCAAGAAUUAAAUACUCAUUAGAAAGCCCUUUGCUCUUUCUAGUAUGGAAGGUUGUUUUUUCGAGGCAAAUGUAAACAGAGUUAGACCAAGAUUAGUCUCCAACGAUUUCGACAGCACGCGCGGUGCAAGUGUUAUUUGAAACAUCAAACUUCUAUGAAAUUAUGAAGUAUAAAUAACACUUGCACUUUUUGUUUUUCUUAGGCCAAGAUUCUUGUCUUCAAGCAAUAAGUUAUAAUAAACUCUUUUAAUUCUCUCUGCUUCCUCUUCUUCUAGAGUGUCUUCUAGGCUGACAGUUGUCAGCUAAAUGCUAAAUGUUACUUUUGUUUGUUUUUUAGAUUGUGCGGAUCAAUUUCUUCAAAUUAAUGAAUCAAGCUGAUUUUUUUUCAUAUAUUCUCAACAUUUUUUUAAUGAACGUGUUUAUUAAUCAUGUGCAUUUGCCAAUACUGUAGCAUUCUAGGACUUUUUAUUGGUGAAUUAUUAUAUGCUGCACAGAAGUUAGUCCAGUGUUUAGCAGUCGGGUCGGUGUUCACGUGUUUGAUGUUCUCGUUCACGGUGAUCCUGAUGCUUGGCUUAGGACUCGGCUACAACCAUGCCUACGUCGAGAUUGCUGGGAAAGGGAAGAAGCCGAAGUUGCUCAGGAGUGAAAAUACGAGUAAUGUCAGAGAUGCUUAUGCAAUAAAUACGACCAUUAUUCCGACUGCAAUACCCGUGGACAUAGACAUCAUACCUGUGUACGAUUAUGACGAAACACGGAUGAAACGAAGUCAGAACAGUUCUAACGCUACCACGGAAGAUUAUCCGUUGUCCCCCACCAUGGUAGUCCCUCUCCGAUCGAAGAAAUAUAUUCUACAGCUGCUAAGAAAAGUAAAGAAACAAGGGAGAAACGUAACCUUGGAGAUUAUAGCCACGUGAUAGGGAGCGGGAAAGUUGGAAAAGACGCCCUAUAAACGUUCAACCAGUGUUUUUGUAGAUGUUGUUUUAGACGCGGUACAUUUUUAAUUGUAUAGUCUAUCAGUUUUCUUAUAUAAAUGUUUGUACAGUACAGCAUUAUUUCUUAUGUUUUAAAUACGACAUGUUACUCUUUAUCUUUCCUUUAAGUCAGCGGUCGGCAACCUUUUAGGGCCACUUGCACCAUUCACUAACCCGGAGUUAUCCGGUUAAACCUGGAGUUACCAUGGUUAUCAGUACAAUUUGACACUGGGUUAACGGUUUAACCGGUUAACCUCGGGUUAGUGGGUUGGUGCAAGUGGCGGUUAGCAGCCAGGGGCCAAAUAGUAAGUAGUUACCGAAGUUGACGCGGGCCGUACUGUUAAUAUUUAUGACUAUAUCAGACAUUGUCGUUUGUCAAUAUUACAUACAAAAU